ACGCUUAGCAACCAGCGCGCGCGUCAAACUCGCCCUUAGCAACGGGAAAACAUGGCAGGUGUGCGGAAGCAGGUUAAACGCUCCAAACGGAUUUUUAUAAAUCAUAUAGAUUCCUACUCAUCGAAACACAUCGCCAAGUAUCUGUCCAAAUGUGCUACUGGAAGUUUCUUUGAAGAACCUAGACCAGGAGAGCGCUUUGAGAUUGUAGGGACUGUUAUCAAUAAAGAUGAAAACCAGAAAAAGUUUGCUCUGGAGGAAUACUCGGCCUUACAGCGAGACGAGCUCCUACAAAUCCUGUUGGGUUGUGAUGUUGUUGUGUAUAAUAUCUCAGAAGAUGCUAAAGUGAUUGAUGAAGCUACAUGGGCUGUUUCAGCCCUCUUCAGUGAAAUUGAACACUUUACAUCAACCAAGAUAUUCAUUUUGGUGUCAACAUUAAUGACCUGGGCAAAGACUAAUCCAGGUGAUCCUGAUAAUCCUGAAACUCCAGUAAACGAAGAAGACUACACACGGAAAAGGCCACAUCCAAACUUCAAGGAACAUGCUAGUGCAGAGAAGCUUGUAUUGAAGUUGGGAAAGACGGAAAAGUCCAAGCUGCGAACUUACGUUAUUGGUGCAGGGAUGCAGUAUGGCAUGGAAGAGGGCAUUUUCCAUUUCUUCUUUAAGGCAUGUUGGCUUGGUCAGUUGAGCCAGAUCCCUAUACCAGAGCCGGGCACAAAUAUCAUUCCUACCAUCCAUGUCUACGAUCUGGCCGGCAUAGUGCAGAACGUCAUCAGUCACAAAUCCAAAAUGCACUAUUUAAUUGCCGUGGACGACUCACAUAAUUCUUUGGAAGAUAUUGUAAAGGCUGUUGCAAAUGUGCUGGGUCCUGGAGAGGUCCAGAAUGUUCCUACUGACAACCUGCACCUCACCAAGGAGCUUACGGGAGCCGAACUAGCUUGCAUUAGUGUAAACCUCCUCAUUGAGACAGUUCUGCUAAAGACGAGGCUGAACGUGUCUUGGGUGUGUGAAUCUGGGCUUGUUAAAAACAUCGAGCGUGUUGUAGAGGAGUACAGACAGGCCAGAGGGUUUUAUCCGAUCAAGAUUUGUCUCCUCGGCCCGCCGGCAGUCGGGAAGAGUUCUAUCGCAGCACAGUUGUGUAAAUAUUACAAACUGCAUCAUAUCGGUAGCAAAGAGACGGUCCAAGAGAGAAUAAGGCAUUUGGAGGAAUUGCUUCAGUGUGAGGAGAAACACACAGAGGAAACUCUACAGGCAACUGAGAAACAGCUCAACGCUUUGAAAUAUGGUUUGCUUGGAGACCAGAUUAUACUGCACAUCAUUAGAGAGAAGCUUCAGUCAAAGCCUUGUAGAAACCAUGGCUAUGUUUUGGACGGCUUUCCCUGUACUCUCGAGCAAGCUAACAGGCUUUUCAAUGAUGAAGAAAAGGAACCGGAGAACAUCAGGUCUAACUUACUGCCACAUGACGAAAAGACAAUACCAGAGCACGUCUUUUUCCUCGAUGCUAAUGAUGAGUUUCUGAAAGAGCGAGUCCGGAACCUUCCGCAAUCCAUAGCUGAAGAGAUGCACUACACCCAGGACGAGUUUGUGCAGCGACUGUCCAUGUUCAGGGACGCAUACGCGAAAGAUGAAACGACAAUCGAUUAUUUCGAUGAGUUGGAAAUCCACCCUGAGCACAUAGAGAUCAACAGCAUGAAUGACCCUGAAAAUGGAGACGUAGUGAAGAAAAUAAUCAAGAUGGUGGGAGCUCCCAGGAACUACGGCUUUACACCUGAGGAAGUAGAGGAACAGGAAAGGAAACAAGCUGCGGAAAAAAAGGAGAGGACCAUGAAGGACGCUGCUGAACGUGCACACAGAGAGGCCGAGGAGUUGACCAGGUUGAUUGCUCAGCUGGAGGAAUGGGACAAGAACAGAAUGGAGGUGGAAAAGCAGGAGCAUGAGUUACUGGAGGCACGUUCUCUUCCGCUGAGACACUACCUGAUGAAGUACGUCAUGCCGGCUCUCAGAGAAGGGCUUGUGGCAUGUUGCAAAGUGAAGCCAGAUCAACCUAUCGACUUUCUGGCUGAAUAUCUUCUAAGAAACAACGCAGAAGACUAGUUUGCCCUACACAGGGCUAUUAUAUUUUUUAUACACAAACCUGUGUAAUGCAACUCAAUUUCUUGUCCUUCACAAAUUAAAUGUAAGCUUUGUCGUAAA